UUCUACCUCAUCAAAUCAAAUCACAGUAAAUCGAAAAACAAAAGUCAAAAUCUCCUAAGAAAAUGUCAGGGAGAGGAAAGGGAGGCAAGGGAUUGGGAAAGGGCGGAGCCAAGAGGCAUCGUAAGGUUCUUCGUGAUAACAUCCAGGGUAUCACCAAGCCUGCGAUCCGUCGUCUAGCAAGGCGUGGUGGUGUCAAGCGUAUCAGUGGUCUUAUCUACGAGGAGACCAGAGGCGUGCUCAAGAUCUUCCUGGAGAAUGUGAUUCGUGAUGCUGUAACCUACACAGAGCACGCACGCCGCAAGACAGUGACUGCUAUGGAUGUCGUGUAUGCUUUGAAGAGGCAGGGCCGUACUCUUUAUGGUUUUGGUGGUUGAAGGAAUUUGGGGAUUUUCUGGGCUAGUGGUCGAUUUAGGGUGUUUUGUUUGCUCUCGUUAGGCUUUAGCUUUACUAUAACUGGUGGUAGAUGUCUAAUUCUUGUAUUUUCAAAGCUGCAAGUGUCUCUCUCUUGAUGCUUGAUCUAAAUGAAAUGCUCCCUUUCCUUUGCAUUC